AGAAGUGAGACACCUGGGCUUGGGUCUUGGAAAACUUGCCGGCAGAAGGAUUAUGGGAUAGCCAGGGGGUUUCCAGUCUCGGUCACUCGUGGAGGCUUCCCUUCCUUUACGUGUUCUUCUUGUCCUCCCUUGAAGAAAACACAGCCACGAGGCAUUAAGACCGCGAAUGCUUCAAACGACUGCCCUGGGCUAUCGAGGCCUCAGGUCUUUACUGACGCGCUGUGGCUAGAUACAAGAUUUGGCUCUCGUAUGUCGUCGACCGUCCGUCCCUCUUCACUCUGCUGUACUCGACCACUUCUCAUCCUCUCGGAAGAGUCGGCGACCACCACCUCCAUCAUCCGCCCUCAGACCGACCGAUCCUGAAGAUGGCCAAAAUCAAGUGCACACUCGACACUUGCCCCUUAUCCUAUGGAUAUCUUCACUACCGCGCUAGCAUCCCAGGCAACUCUUUCAUGAUCGGGGCCUUCGCCGUGCUCAUCCCACCAGCGCUGUACCUGGGCAUCAGGUACAAGACGAAGCUCUACACGGGCCUCUUCGUGACAGCUCUUGUCGGCGAGAUUAUCGGUUAUGUCGGCAGGAUCCUGCUGAACGGUGAUCCUUUCUCCAAGAAUAACUUCUUGAUCUACCUGAUCUGUCUGACGCUGGCGCCGGUGCUCAUGUCAGCGGCCGUCUACUUGACACUCGCGAGAAUCGUGGUUGUGUAUGGAGAAAACAUUAGCCUGAUCAGACCACGAUCGUACACGUUGAUCUUCAGCGGGUUUGACCUCGCCGCACUUAUUGUCCAGGCUAUAGGAGGUUCUAUUGCGGCUGAAAGUGACGUGUCGAGCAGAAUUUGGUACGGAACACACAUCCUCGUCGCGGGUCUCUCCAUCCAAGUAGCAAGUGGUCUGGCGUUCGUUGCCUUCAGCGCGGAUUUCGCAUGGCGUGUAAAGAAGAGAAAGGAUCAGCGGAACACCAAGCACGAGAAGCUCUAUCGCUCGACCAGGUUCAAAGUAUUUCUAUGUAGUCUCGCCUUGGUGACCUUGCUCAUCCUGAUCCGAACGUGCUACCGGUGCGCAGAGUUGUCUGGAGGCUUUCUGGGCCAUCUUGCUCAGGACCAAGUUGCCUUCAUGGUCCUCGACGGGGCCAUGAUCCUGUCAGCCAGCAUCCUCCUCACCAUAGAGAAUCCGGCAUGGGUAUUCGGAGAAACUUGGCCUUUAACUGCGUACUCCUGGGGCUGCGGGAGGUUCAAGAAACGGUCUGACAUGAUCGCGCUCGGAUCGAUGCGUGGAAAUACUUCUGAGCAGUUUGAGGGCGACAAGACAUCGCCUCGACCUUGAUAGGUGGACACAGUAUUGACUACUGGGUGAUUUAUGCGGGAGCAAAAAUAGACACCUAGAUUCCUUGCAUUCAACCAGCACUUGGUCGUCGAUGUGGACAAGCAGAAUCUUCGUAUAGACUUCAAAAAGGUCGAUUUACGGCCGUGCAGCAAUGUUGAUGGCGCCCUUC